AUGGCGUCUUUGAUGGACCUUGUGUCCCAGAACCAACCACGAUUCCAGACCCACCAAGCGCUUCUCAUCAUUGGCCUGCAAAACGACUUUGUGACAUCAGAUGGACGACUUCCAGUUGACACUCAAACGCGUUUUCUAGAGCGCAUCAAGACCUUGAUUCCGAUAUUUCGGGAGCGCAGCGGCAACGUAAUAUGGGUUCAAACGCUGUUUGAAGCGGACCGCAUUGCGACCGGCGCCGAUACAGGUGAAGGCGACACGCUCGUUGUAGGCGGGCUUGUCGAUGGUGACGAGAAGGACAAUGACGCGGCGGAGGAAGAACUGGCCAAAGAAGCAGCGUCACUACCAGCGCAAUCCAGAUCUUCAAAGCACAAGCAACGCGCGAUAGACCUGCUGAAACGUGUGUCCGCGCGAAGGAAGACGUUGCCAAAAGAAGUUGCAAAAGCCAAGGCUGAGGAAGACGAGGAAUUAUUCUUGUUGAGGAGCGAGAAGAGGACGCCGGCAUGCGUACCAGACACGCACGGCGCCGAGUUUGCGGAUGUCAUUGCGAACCAGGUUGAGUUAUCGACGGAUGUCGUGAUUCGAACGACCAACUACUCUGCGUUCCAAGGUACCAACUUGCUCAUAACGUUGCGCGCAAGGCUUAUCACGGAGCUUUUCAUUGUGGGAUGCAUCACCAAUGUGUCUGUACUGGCGACGGUUAUUGAUGCUGCGCGCCAUGGUGUGAAGAUUCAUGUUGUUGAGGAUUGUCUCGGCUACCGAAAGGAGAAUCGACAUGAUUUGGCCCUGAAGCGCAUGGAAGACUUCUUCAGCGCUUUUCUGGUUAAUAGUGAGGAGAUACUCAAGGAAGAACCGCAAUUGAUUGUGCAAAAGACGGCGGUGCCUGCGAAAGGCGCAAAAGGCGGCGAGAAUAAUAGUGAUACGAACGUGGAGGAGAUGAUGGCUAAAAUGUCUCUUGCAACAUCCAUAAUAGCGAAACGGACCGCGGCAAGGACUGCGGAAGAGUCUAGCGCCGGGGGAACAGUAGAUCCUAGCGACAAGGAGUUUUCAGAUAUACUCACAAAGGGAGCAACGGUACCCGGCGCACAGGAAGAGGCGAAGAAACCGGAGCUUGUCAAGACGAAGAUCCGCAUGAGGACGGGAAAAUCCAGGAAAAAGAAAAAGAAAACGAAGGAAGGAGAGGAACCAAAAGAUACACCACCAACCACAACGUCGCCUACAAUCAUACCUCCACCUGCAUCAACCGAAUCUCAACGAACUUCAAAGGUUGCGAAAGCUGGAAGUGUUGCAGACUUGCGGCAGAAAGAAGGGAAGCAGCACAUAUUGAAGAACGCUACUUCGGUCCCUAUGCUAUCUACCAAAGCUGAUGGCGAGGAGACGGAGAAGAACAGGUUAUCAGAUUUCUCGGAUCGCGUCCGCAUGUCAUUUACUAGGGCGGCAAAGUCUGAAUCAGAGUCUGAGUCGAAAAGAGGAUCUACCAGUUCUGCAAAUGCAGCCUCUACCAAUGUGAAGCAAGACGACAAACAACCGACGUCAAAACUCCCACAGCGAGAGCAGUCUCAUGCGGUCACACAAGAAAUCGAUCCUCCAUCAUCAGGAAAAGCCACUACGAUGCGACAAUCACGCAAGUUGCAAUCCCUCGCAACUUUCCCAGUCCUGGGACCUGGAGAUCACAUUGCAGAAGGUGAUUCGCGCAUCAUGCACAAUUUCUUCUCUGCCGACUACGUCCACGUAUCUGCUCCAUCGAAGCCACUGAAAGACGUCAUAUUCACCCAACUUUACAACGAAGUGCCAUGGCAGAAGAUGCUCCACCAGCAAGGCGAAGUCCCCCGACUCGUAUGCUGUCAGGGCGCCUUUGGCGAUGACGGCUCAAUGCCGAUAUACCGGCAUCCAUCCGACCAAAGCCUACCGCUCCUACGAUUUUCACCCAAAGUACAGCUCAUUCGAAAGCACGCUGAGAAACUCGUUGGCCACCCCCUCAACCACGUGUUAAUCCAACUCUACCGUUCCGGCAACGACUUCAUAUCCGAGCAUUCUGACAAGACACUCGAUAUAGUAAAAGGCUCUUCAAUCGUCAAUGUAAGCUUCGGCUCGCAACGGACGAUGCGCUUACGCACCAAGAAGGCUCAGUCGGCAGAGCAGCAAGAAGAAGAAGAAGACGAACAUUUGGACAGUGACACUAUCACACAGCGCAGAACCCAACACGUAGUCCUUCCCCAUAAUUCCAUGUUCGUUCUCGGCCUCGCUUCAAACGCAAAGUGGCUCCACGGCAUCCAACCCGACAAACGGCCUCUAAACGAACGCACCGAAAGCGAAACAGCCUACAACGGUAUCCGCAUCAGCCUAACAUUCCGACACAUUGGCACCUUCCUCGAUGCACGCGAAACAGUCAUCUGGGGCCAGGGCGCAAGCGCAAAGACGCAACGCGACGCCGCCGACAUCAUUUCCAACGACGAGGCCGAAACCGUCCGCCUCAUCACUGCUUUCAGCCGCGAAAACCACGAUCCGGAUUUCAACUGGGAGGAACAUUACGGUGACGGAUCUGACGUUUUGCACUUGCACGCGCCGCCGCCAUCGUCCGCCAAUAUCCCCCUGCUGUUUUUGAGCAACCAGGCCAUUCAUAACAACCAAGUCAUGAUUCUCCUUGCAGAAAAGAAGCUUGCCUACACGGCCAUUGAAGCGCCGCCUCUAGACCCGGCGUUCGAAGCAGACCGCCAAGUCACGCUCAGGGAUACCGAUGCUAUGCAUACUGAAAUCCACAGUGCGUCUUCCAUACUGCUUUAUCUGGAUCGGUAUCACCCGCUUGAUACAUCAGCGUCCUCGCAUUGCGUGACUGCCAAUGCGUAUCCCAUCAUGUUACUCACGGCCGGCAUAGUGAAAGCUUGGACGGAUCGAGGGAGGCUGGAGUCAGGUGAUGAAGUUGAGAAUUUGGUGGGUCGGUUGGAGGAGAUGGUUGGGGGGAAUGAGGGGCCGUUUGUUGCUGGGAGUAGGUUUAGUAUUGCGGAUGCGUUUGUUUGGCCGGUUGUACAUGUACUGGUUGGGGAGUGGGAUGGAUGGAAGGAAGGGGGUGGAGGGUUUGAGAAGCUGGCGGAGUGGUAUAGGGCGUGUUGGAGGAAGAAGGCGAGUAUCAAGAAGGUGGUCGGUGCAUUGGCUGUUCCGAAUGAGAAGGCCGAGGAAGAAAAGCAGGUGUAGUGAGGCGCUAGGGAUGUGGAUGCGGUUCAUUUCUGGGAUCAGGAGCGUUUUGGAUAACAAGCGUGAUUAUUGAGUUUGGGCAGAAAUUAGAUGUUGUGAGCUUUCAUCAGUACAUCUUGCUUGAUGUUCUUGAUCCUAUUCGUUUCGUUAUCAUAUA